GCGUGUUUAGCCCGGGCUUAAUAGCAUGUAAUUAGAGGAAAACAAUGAUAAUAUCCUAAUCUGAAUAUCAGAUAUCAGUGAUAAUCGAUAUCGUGCCUAUCUCUGAGGCUACAGGCCUGCAUGCCGUAUCCAAAUUUCUGGAGAUCUGAAAGGCCUCACUUUUAAAAGGGGAAAAAAACUUUUACAGGGUACAUAGUUCAUAACUGUAUGUUGCAUCUUUUUAACACUACAGGCUCAUCUUCAGGAGAGAAAAGCAGAAGCUCUUCUCAACUCUUUCAAGUUUGCUGAUGCUAUCAGUUGUCACCAAAAAGCGGCAGGUAAAUUAUAUUCAUGCAGCCUUCAUGCAGAAUCCAGAAUGUUUACAGACUCACCAAGUCACAGAGAAGUGUGUUAUAGUACAUAAUGGAGGCAAUGAAUAUGACCAAAGUUGCUCAGGCUCUGAUAUCCCUGCAACUACAAUAUGAGGACCAUAUCCGGCAAGAAAAGGUCAUCAAAGAUAAAUGGAAGCACUACAACUUACACCAAGAGCAACUGAAACAGCAACAUGAAAACAAACUAAGGGAGAUUGACAAGCGAGUCCUUGUUAGUGCAAUCACCAGUAAAGAUACCACACCAGCUCAAGAUUGUGAAACUUGUAAAGAUGAGGGAAUGACCACUAGUACUUGUAGCUUGGUCAUUUCAGCUGAGAAUUUCUCAGUGUCCUCUCUGAGCUCAAGCACAGAGCUCUUUCAAACUAAGGAAUCCGGAGAUCCACAAUCGAACCUGAACACACAGGUGCGGGAGCUGCAGAUACAAGUGUUGUCACUAACUCAAGCCUUGGAGGAUGCCAACAGGGAAAACACAAAACUAAAACAAACCAUUCUUCACAUUAAGAAUGUUACAAAGGAAAAGUUUGAUUUUGACUUUGAUGAGGAGAAUAGUGGUCAAGUUUGUAUGGUGGAGCAAGAAGCUUGUCAUAAGGGUGAGGAUUCCUCUUCGCAAACAGCUGUGGGAAAUUGUGGACACUGCACAGAUCAUGAAAAAGAUCAUUCAGUCCAUGGAGAUGAUACCAGUCCCACAAGUGAUCUUCCACUUCCUCCUCUAGAAAUGCCACAUUUCUCUUUUGGAGAUAAUAGAUAAUAACAACAAGUUUGAUUACUUUUCCUUCAUUGUAGCUACCGUAACAAUUUCUAUGCACAGUAAAAUCUAGAGUAUAAACCCUA